AGCCCGUCUCCCGUACGCCCGCCUUGUCUUGUGCCAUGAUACCUCGUCUGAGCGCCUCGCAUUGCAGCGCAUGGCGUCGCGUCGCGUCAUGCCCCUGCGGCGGCACGUUGCACGGCCGCGACGACGUGCGUGCUGCACGCAUUGCACGCUGGCCGCCAGCAGCAGGCAGCUGCACGUGCCCGCCGUGUCAACGCCUCGUCCCGAUCCGACGACAGCUGCCUGUCCGCACGCGCUGUCAUGUCAUGCCAUGUCAUGCUGCUCGCCAUUGCGACCCGAGCGAGCUUUGCUCCCCCUUGCCCGUUUUGUUCCGAGGUGCCUGGGCCUGGCGCGCGGUAGGUGUGGGUGUAUGGCGUAUGUGUGUAUGUAUGUAGGUGGGUUUGCUGUGGUGUGUGUAGGUCGGUCUGGCUGCUGUCGCUGUUUCUCGUGCCGUGCUUCCCCGCUGCGGCUCGCCGGGCGUGCUGAAGGGGUGGAAAGAGGUUUCCGUACGCGGAGGGAAUGGUGUGGUUAUUUUUGGUGGAGGUGGUGGAGCUGCUGCUGCUGCUGCUGCUGCUGCUGCUGCUGCUGGUGAUGUCGUGGUAUGUGAAGGGAGGGGGCGUGGGGGUUAGAGUUUGUGUUGGAGUGGAGAUGGGGUGGCGUGCUGAGGAGAAGGAGGGGGCGGGAUGGCAUAAACGGGUGUGUGAGCGGGAACUAGGGAAGGUUCGGCGAGAGGGGGUGGGCGAGGGGGUGCUGGAUGUUGGUGUUGGUGUGGGAGGAACUUUGGUGGUUGGCUGCACUGAAGGUGGCGUCGAUGCUAGUGGUAGUGCUUUUAGUGGUGCGGGGGUUAGAGCGGUGCUAAUGGCUUAUCUCAACGCUAUACUGACGCUAGUACUAGACGACGCUGACGACACUGACUUGUUAUUAUGA